AUGGGAUCGAAAGAAUCGGAUGAGACUUUGGAUGAAAUCAUCGAAUCUUUGACACCUAACGAAUGUUCAUCUGUGCUAUUCACAUCAGGUACUACUGGUCCACCAAAAGCUGUGAUGCUGAGUCAUGAUAAUUUGAUAUUCAAAGUCGAAGCUACAGACAUUCAUUUACAAAUGAAGAAUGUGAAUGAUCGCAGAGUGUUAUUGUAUUUACCACUCAGUCACAUUGCUGCUCAG